GUGUGAAUGAUGUGAACAUUAGACUCACACUCACUACACAAAUUACACUAAACUGACUAAGCGCAUCUUAAACCGGGGUCCAAGGGCGAAUCAGCGUGAAAUCGAGUGAAAAACGUGCGUAAUUUAUAAACAUUCCACAUUCAAAAUCUAUUAUUUUUUGCAAGAUGACUGAACCGAAACGUGUCCUCUUUGUAUGUUUAGGUAAUAUCUGCAGAAGUCCAAUUGCUGAAGCAGUUUUUCUUCAUCUUGUGAAGCAAAGAAAACUUGAAGAUAAAUGGAUUGCUGAUUCAGCUGCCACUGGUUCUUGGCAUACAGGAUCUCUUCCUGAUAAAAGAGCUUUAAGUACAUUGAAGAAACACAAUAUUCCUUACAAUAACACUGCUCGACAAGUACAUAGAGAUGAUUUUAUAGAGUAUGAUUAUAUUUUUGGUAUGGAUGAACACAACCAGCAAGACCUGGAGGAAGAAGCUAGAAGAGUGAAGAAUCCCAAAGCCAAAAUCAUGCUGUUGGGUGAGAUGUGUCCUGAGGAUGAUGUGACAAUCAGGGAUCCAUAUUAUGACAGUGGAUCAAAAGGGUUUGAAGAGUGCUAUGAAAAGUGUCUGAAGUGCUGCACUGCAUUCCUUGACAAAUACUCAUAAUAAUGAUUGAUUUUGACUGGUUUUAUAUGAGAAACUAUUAAAAGAAUUACUUAUAUCAA